CAUUUCAAAAUGCCUCCGCAUUUAACAGAAUAAUAGGUACAGAGGGACAAGAUCUGCUCAUCAAAUGCAUAGCCGUUGGAGGACAACCUGCUCCUAUGUUAUCUCUUGUGGUACUUGGAACACCCGUUAAAACUGACGUCCAAAAAUUGAAAUACCUUUUGCGAAAUACACCUAGAAUUUAUGAUAGAACAAAUGUUUCUUGUGAAGCAAACAGUGAUGCUUUAGAUAUACCAAUGACAACUACUGCCCUUAUAGAUCUAAAUCUAAUGCCUUUGAUGCCAGUUUUCAGUGCACCACUUGUAAAUACAAUGGAAAUGGCUCCAUUUUCUAUAACUUGUACAUCAAGCGGAAGCCGCCCUGCUGCCACCAUUUGGUGGAUGGUAGGCCAAACCGAUGUAACUAAUUUAGCAUCAUCACAAGGAAAACAAUGGGUCGAUGAAACGUUCACGGUGACCUCCACGCUAAAUUAUACGGUGGAUAGAAAAUUCAACUUACAAUCGAUAAAAUGUACAGCAAACAACACCAUUGGUGGAAUUUCAAACCUUAUAAAUUUAUUCGUAAGAUUUCCGCCAGAUGUUUCUGUUUCUAAUGUGACCUAUGAAAUGACAGAUCCAACAAGAACAAUAAAUUGUACAGCUGAUGGUUAUCCUGAUACAUACACAUUUUAUAAAUGGCAGCAUAGGUCUUUGUAUGGGCAUAUUAUUCGGGAACUGGACGGUGAUACUAUAUUAACACUGCCUGUAGUUCCUACAAUACUUAGAUACCAAGACAAUGGUGAAUAUGUAUGUACAGUUAGUAAUGGUAUUCAAGGACCGGAUGGUGUAGAAAAGCGACAAGGAGCGGCAGAAAUUAUUGCUUAUGGCUAUCACAACGAGAAGAUUAACAACCAUUCCAAUGCUGCAUAA